AUGGCCCUGCUCAAGUCCAUCAUCCUGCCGCCCGCCGGCGCCGGCCCGGCGACCGCCAGCGUCAUCUUCGCACACGGCCUCGGCGACUCGGGCGCCGGCUGGCUCGACGUCGCACGCAUGCUGCAGCAGCGGCCAAAGCUGGCACAUGUGCGCUUCAUCCUGCCCAACGCUCCUGUCCUGCCCAUCACCCUCAACGGCGGCAUGCCCAUGCCGGCCUGGUUCGACAUCUCGUCGCUGGAGGAUCUGGCGGGCACGGAGGAUGCGGCGGGCAUGCGCAAGAGUGCCGACGCCCUCAUGGCGCUCGUGCAGGCAGAGGCCGACGGCUCGGCGGAGAAGCUGCAGCAGGCCGUGCCGAGCGAGCGCGUCGUGCUCGGCGGCUUCAGCCAGGGAGGCGCCGUGUCGCUGCUCGCCGGUCUGACGACGCCGCUGCGGCUGGCCGGGCUCAUCGGCCUCUCGACCUGGCUGCCGCUGCGGCGCUCGCUCAAGCCCUCCGAACACGCCGCGUCGCUGCCCGUCCUCCUCGCACACGGCGACGCCGACGCCGUCGUGCGCACCGAGUUUGGACGCAAGACGCGCAAGUACAUCAGCGCCGGCGGCGAGGGCGGCGCGGGCAUCGGCUGCGGCGAGUGGGACGCGGCGAAGGUCAAGGGCGUCAUGUGGAAGGAGUACCGGGGCAUGGGGCACUCUGCAUGCGCUGAUGAGAUUGACGACAUUGGCGAGUAUCUCGAGGCAGUCAUCCCCGCGUGAAGGCGGCGG